CUUCUUGGACUAGUUUCUACACGGAUCACAUGAGCUGUUGGACAACAUGGACGUGGUUGUUCAAAAAUGCUAAUUUUUGGGGUUGUUGAAUUGAACUUUAGCGUCGUUUCUCAUCUCCGGUUAACAAUUUGCUCGCAAUUUAAAUAUGUCCAGUCUGUAAUAUAAAAUACCGAUCAACUGGAAGCUCUUCUUAAUGCAGAAUGGCCGCAUUGAAGACUGAAACUUUGUCCCCUGUUGAUAGCGUGACACUUUGUGACGACGGCGGCGUGGGAAUAGACGUCACCAAACAAGAUGUUUUGAGCCAUGAGGAGGGGAAGAUAGGAGGAGAGCAGACUUUGGUCUCCUCCUUCAAGCAGAUGAAGCUGGAGAGAGAUGCGCAGAAAAACUGGGACUUGUUCUACAAAAGGAACACCACGAAUUUCUUCAAGGACAGACACUGGACCAGCAGAGAGUUCGAUGAGCUCAAGACGUGUAGACAGUCUGACUCACAGAGGCUAGUCCUGCUGGAGGCGGGAUGCGGCGUGGGCAAUUGCAUCUUCCCUUUGCUGGAGGACCAGGACAACAUCUUUGUCUACGCCUGCGACUUCUCGCCCAGAGCGGUCGACUUUGUCAAAAGCAGGAACGACACAUUUGUUGUUUUCGACCGACAGAAGAAUCCUCUGUGCCGUGCCGAGCGCUGCUCGGUAUUCCAGUGCGACCUCACCCGCGACGACCUACGUCACAACGUUCCCGAGGGAAGCGUGGACGUGGCCACUCUCAUCUUCGUGCUGUCCGCCAUCCAUCCCGACAAGAUGGCGCUGGCCGUGCGCAACAUCCACAGGGUGCUGAAACCCGGCUGCGCCGUUCUCUUCCGAGACUAUGGUGUGCACGAUCACGCCAUGCGGAGGUUCAAAGCCAGCAGCAAGCUGGCAGAUAACUUCUACGUGCGACAGGAUGGAACCAGAUCCUACUUCUUCUCCAAAGAUUUUCUGGCGGCGCUCUUCUCGGACGCGGGCUUCCGCUGCGUCGUCAACGAGUACGUCCAGAGGGAGACGGUCAACAAGAAAGAAGGACUUUGCGUUCCCAGAGUCUUCUUGCAGAGCAAGUUCAUCAAACUGGAAUCAUGAUGCCAGCAGACUCAAGGAGAAAGACAAAGAAUGGACAGAACGUUCCAGAAGACAAUGGUUGAGUUUUAAUGUUGUAUAGUUGUUGUUUUUUUAACGUAUCAGUCAUUGGUCCAAUUUUUCAAGCUACGUGUGUGAUGUGAGUUGUAAACAGCAAUAAAAAUGAAUGACUUUUACAAAUAAAGUUUUAUUAUUUAAAAUGUGUUAACAUCUAUUAGGGGAAAGCCUAAAUGUUAAUUAUUUUACUUCAGGUCAUAAACCCAUGUAGAAAGGAUGACAUUGAAUAUUCGCUUGGCUGAAUAAAUGUAAAAUAAAAUGGGUUCUGCUUUA